AUGGCCAAAAAUCCUCUACACUCAAUCUCAAUCCUUCUUCUCCUCCUCCUCCUCCUCCCUAUUGUCUUCUCCCAACCAAACUCAAUAUCAAACCCUACACCACGUUCCACAAUUUGCAAAUCCACCCCUUAUCCUUCCUUAUGCAACACCGUUCUCACUGGAUCAGACUCCUCUUCGUCUAGCAUCCACAAUUACAGUCGAAUUUCCGUAAAAAAAUCCCUCUCGUCCGCCCAAAAAUUCCUCGCCCUCAUCCAGAGAUACCUCCGGAGGCACAAAAAACUAACUGCAACUGCCGUCCGAGCCCUGCAGGACUGCGAAUUUCUCGCGCAGUGCAACGUCGAUAACCUAAUAAACUCGUCCCUAACCCUCGACCAAAACAUUAACUCCUCGUCCCAAACGCUCACCGAGCUCAAAACCGACGAUGUCCAAACCCUACUCAGCGCGAUACUCACCAACGCUCAGACGUGCAUCGAUGGCCUGCAGUCGACGGCCUCGACAUGGAGCGUCCGAUCCGGAGUCGUGAGUCCUUUAUCCAACGACACGCGACUUUUUAGCUUGUCGUUGGCUUUGUUCACGAAGGGUUGGGUUAGCAAUAAAAAAACAAGGAGGCCGCAUCAUCAUCACGGCGGUUUUCCGGCCGGUUUUUUAAAUAGAAAGCAACUAAAGUCGAGUGACGGGCGGUUCAACUUUCGAAUGUCGGAGAAGAAUAUGAGAAUCUUCCAGACGGCGACCAACCGGAGGCUGCUUCAGGUGGUCGACGAGGAACUCGACAGUCAUGUCGCCAUAAAUGAUAUCGUUAUCGUUAGCCAAAACAGAAAGGGGAACUUUAGCACGAUUAACGAUGCAUUGGCGAUUGCCCCAAACAAUUCGGACGGGUCAAAAGGGUAUUUCCUUAUAUACAUAAAGGCCGGCGUGUACGAAGAGAAUGUAUUAGUGCCAAAGAACAAGAAGUACCUAAUGAUGAUCGGAGACGGGAUAAACCGGACGAUUAUCACCGGAAACCGAAGCGUCGUUGACGGAUGGACGACUUUCAGUUCUGCAACUUUUGCCGUUGUGGCCCCCAACUUCGUCGCGUCCGACAUCACCUUCCGAAACACGGCGGGCCCCGCCAAGCACCAAGCUGUUGCCCUUCGAAACGGGGCCGACCUCUCGAUCUUCUACAAUUGCAGCUUCGAGGCUUACCAGGACACACUGUACGUCCACUCCCUCCGACAGUUCUACCGCAACUGCCAAAUCUACGGCACAGUCGACUUCAUCUUCGGCAACGCAGCCGUCGUUUUUCAGGGCUGCAACCUCCGCCCGCGCCUCCCGAUGCCCGGGCAGUUCAACGCCAUUACUGCACAGGGCAGAACAGACCCAAACCAGAACACGGGCAUCUCUAUCCAGAAUUGUACAGUUCAGGCAACCGAUGACCUGGCGGCCAGCAAUGGCACUGUCAAGACAUACCUCGGUCGACCAUGGAAAGAAUACUCGAGGACGGUUUACAUGCAGUCGUUUAUGGAUGGGUCGAUUGACCCGACCGGGUGGAGCGUGUGGAACGGGGAUUUCGCACUCAACACCUCGUACUACGCGGAGUUCAACAACAGUGGACCCGGGUCGAACACGAGAGCUAGGGUGACAUGGCCCGGGUUUCAUUUGAUCAAUCAGACGGACGCUGGCAAUUUCACGUUGUCGGCGUUUUUGCUUGCGGAUGAUUGGAUUCCAAGCUCGGGGGUGCCUUACAGAGGAGGGCUAUAA